AUGGACGCUUCCCCGGAGCUCCUCGAGUCCAUCAUCAACGGCAAUGACGAUGACGAAGUGUUCGAGCGUAUCUCUGAGGAUGGCUUUGAUCAAGACGAUCUUGAUAAAGACGACCCCCUAGGAGAUAUCGACGCUUUGCUGCGGGAAAGUGUCGCCUCUACUGAGAAGAGAUCUCCGCUGACAGCAGCAGUACGAGUCCGACCACCGCUAGUUGAUGACUUUAUUCGCAACUUCUUCAUCAAGCACGGUCUUAAACGUUCGUUGGAUGCGUUCCAGAACGAGUGGUAUGGCAUGCAGAUAUCUGGCAAGCUCGAUGCGACAGCCGUGGAUGAUGCCGUUCCUGACUUGUACCUCCGUAGUCAACAUCUGAUGGAUGUCAUUCGAGCUCAGGAAACGGAGAUGAAGAAAUUACGAAUAGUGGCGGAAAAUGCGAAGGGUCUCUUUGAUAAGCUGCGAAAACAAAGGGAUUUCCAUAGAAUGCAUCAUAGGAGGGUCGUCCAGGAGAAGGAGAAGAUUAUAAAGGAUCUCAAGCGACUACGGUCGCACUAUGAGCAGUACGAGCCGACUUUGACAGAACUCAGACAUAAAUACGAGGUGGCUAUGAAAGAAAAGUUUCUAUUGAAAAUGGAAAGGGAUAAAUACAUGGCUCAAGUGUCGUCAGGAUUGACCGAAGCAGAUGGAGGCUUGGAUCAGGCUGGUGCUGUUAGAAUUAACGUUCAGUCGGUGUCACUGGAGAGCGGAUAUGAAGCUCCUAGUCGCUUCUUGGUGUCUGGGAGUCUGACGGACCCCUUCCGCUGUUGGGAGGAAUAG